GACAUAGAGAUACCAAGAGAGAGAGGAGACUCUUCCGUCUCCUAACUCCCUAGCCCUCUUUCCACCGGGAUCUCGCGAUAAUUUUCAUGCCGCCCAGGCGCCCUGUGAGGACUGCGGCGGGGCGCUUGCUGCCGGGGCUGGACUCCAGAUAUAAAGAAGUGCACCAAGAACAUCAUCCCCCUCUUGUUGCAUCUGGCGCCACAAGGACAUGAUACUCUACACAGGUGAAGAAGAGAGAAUAUACUGAGUGGGAUUAUUGGACUCUUGCAUUCAUUAGAUAUUUCUCUCCAAGAAGUGCAGUGCACUCAAAAUACCCAGGACCUGUGAUGCCUGACUCCUUCUUUACUAUAUGGAGAAGUUGCAUGUGAAGGGGGAUCUUGUUGCCACAAAACCAGAGCUGGACUCUCCUCUGACAAGCUGUCGCCAUGAACAUGCAGAUUUUUAUUGUUGCUGGUCUCCUGGUACACUGUGUGUUCCUGAUCUCUAUCUUUGAUAUUUACUUCACGUCUCCUUUGGUCCAUGGCAUGACUCCUCAGCACACACCACUGCCUCCACCAGCACAGCGCUUAGUACUUUUUGUCGCUGAUGGUUUACGUGCAGACUCGCUUUAUGAAGUAGAUGACGAUGGCACUUCUAAUGCUCAUUACCUGAGGCACAUCAUACUAUCCAAAGGGAGCUGGGGCGUAUCUCAUACUCGUGUCCCGACAGAAUCUAGACCUGGGCACGUAGCCCUCAUCGCUGGAUUUUAUGAAGACGUCAGUGCUGUUGCUAGAGGAUGGAAAGAAAACCCAGUGGAAUUUGAUUCUAUUUUCAAUGAAAGUAAAUAUACUUGGAGCUGGGGAAGUCCAGACAUUCUGCCUAUGUUUGCCAAAGGUGCUACUGGAGAUCAUGUUUACACCCAUUGUUACAAGGCUGAAAGUGAAGACUUUGCUGCAGAAGAUGCCACUGUUCUAGACACUUGGGUUUUUGAUCAUGUUAAGGAGUUCUUCAACUCUGCCAGAAACAAUGAAACUUUGCACUCUAAAUUGCAUGAGCCAAAAAUAGUUUUCUUCCUGCACUUAUUAGGAAUAGACACAAAUGGACAUGCUCAUCGGCCACAUUCAAGGGAGUAUAAGAACAAUAUCAGGAAAGUUGAUGAAGGUAUAAAAGAAAUUGUUUCAGUGAUUGAGGAUUUUUAUGGAAAUGACGGCAACACAGCUUUUAUCUUGACUUCUGACCAUGGAAUGACAGAUUGGGGGACACAUGGAGCCAGUCAUCCAUCAGAGACUUUAACACCACUAGUUACUUGGGGCGCAGGAAUCAAAUAUCCACAGAGAGUCACCUCACAACAAUUUGAAGAUGAUUUUUUGAAAGAUUGGAAGCUGGAGACCUUGAAGCGGCAGGAUGUCAGUCAGGCUGAUAUCGCACCACUGAUGGCUUCCCUUAUUGGAGUGCCUUUUCCUCUGAACUCAGUGGGUGUCCUUCCUCUGGAGUACUUGAAUAAUACAGCUCGUUUUAAAGCAGAAAGUAUCUUUACAAAUGCUGCUCAGAUUCUUGAGCAAUAUAAGGUUAAGAUGGCUCAGAAGAAGAAAAGCACAUUACCAUUUCUGUUUUCACCAUUCAAGCCUCUCUCUGAUUCAGAGCAGAUUGACAUCCUUAGGAAAGCAAGAGCUUUCAUUCAGCAUGGGAAAUAUGAGGAAGCAGUAUCUCUUUGUAUCAAGCUGAUUAACCUUGCUUUAGAAGGGCUCUCAUAUUAUCAUACAUAUGACAGGUUUUUCUUAGGCAUAAGUGUUGCCAUGGGUUUUGUAGGCUGGACAUUUUACGUGAUCCUCAUUAUCAUAAAGGCACAUACUGGUCUGACUAGGAAUAUCACAACAUAUAAGGCAGCUGGCAGUUUUUUUCAAUAUACAUUUCUUGCUGUUGGAGUAUUGAUAGCCAUUUUCCUUCUCAUUCAAAGUUUACCUUGGACCUAUUACAUAUAUUGUCUAUUACCAGUUCUGCUAUGGUAUGCAGUUUUGAAAGAAUAUCCUGUAAUUCAAGAAGUAAUUACAUUUCUAUUGAAGUUUCAACGAACACAGUUUGUUGGAUUCUUGUUAGUCUUCACCUUGGGAAUUGAAAUAUUAGUUUGCUCCUUCUUUUAUCGGUCUGCUCUUAGCUUUGGUCUGAUUACCUUUUCUGCAUGGCCUUUGGUUACGAAGCCAUGGACUCAAGUCAAGGUAACUGCACUAAGCUGGAUUCUUUCAUGCUUGCUUCUGGCAGUUUUCCCCUUGAUGCCCAUUGUAGGAAGACAGCCGAAUAUCUCUCUGGUAACAGCAGCAGGCCUGCUGACUUUGUUGAUGGCUUUAUCCUACCUGGUGGCAUGUCUUUGGAAAAGCAAACAGAAAUACUUGCAUCAUAUGGAUCUAAAAAUAUAUCUUUUUCAGCUGCUGAAUCUGGCAGUGGCAACAUAUGUUGUAAACAGUACUCACCGCAGCCUUCGCAGCAAACAAGGAUUGCCUGUCAUAAAUCAAAUUAUUAGCUGGACAACAUUAGUUUCAUCCUUGAUAAUGCCACUCCUAAGCCCCACAUUUCUGUUCCUGAGGUUGCUGAGCAUCCUUCUUUCUUUGAUGUCAACAUACCUUCUGCUAAGUACAGGGUAUGAAGCCCUUUUCCCUCUGGCGCUGGCUUUGUUGAUGUUUGUGUGGAUAAAUGUGGAACAAGAAGCAGUACAACAUUACGGAUUUUUACAUAAGCCAAAGCUUGCUGCUCUCAGCUUUUCGCACACCACGGAUAUAACACAGUUUCGACAACUCCACGUAGAUGAUAUCAGGCGAUCUUUCUUCUUUGUCUUCUUCAUGGUGACAGCAUUUUUUGGUACCGGAAACAUAGCUUCUGUUAACAGCUUUGAUCCAACUUCCGUCUACUGCUUUUUGACAGUUUUCAGCCCUUUCUUGAUGGGAGGCUUGCUACUGUGGAAGCAGAUUGCAAUCCCCUUUGUUCUUGUGUCAUGUGCUUUUGAAGCUGUUCAAGUCACAACCCAGCUAUCAUCUAAAAGGCUUUUCCUCAUUGUUCUUGUGAUUUCAGACAUUAUGGCUUUGCACUUCUUCUUUCUGGUUAAAGAUUAUGGAAGCUGGCUCGAUAUUGGAACAAGCAUUAGCCAUUACGUCCUUGUGAUGUCCUUCACUAUCUUUCUGAUGCUCUUAAGCGGACUGGCCCAGCUGCUCACUACAAAGAGACUAGGCCUUUGGGAAGGAACAAAGCACCAUUCAUUGUGACAGAUGACUGAGAUGCCCAUAUUUUCGGAACUUGCACUCUUCCUGAGGGAUAGAUAGAAUUAUGAGAUUGGCUGCUUGAACUCGUAAAGAACUUGAUACUACAGACAAUGCCUUGACCCUGAUUGUCUUUAGAAUUGAAUCUAGUGUGUGUGUGUUUUAAAGGAUGGUGAAGGUACACUGCCGUAAGCCUCUUGCCAAAACCCAAAUGACAGAGUGACCUUUUUUGGGGGGUGUUAAAUAUGAGUGCUGUGCUCAGUUUCCCAGUUGGGAUUCAGAUGGGUGACAAGAAGGGAAAUUGGCUCUAUAAUUUGUCUGAAAGGUACAGGAAAACAAUUCCAAGGACUGCUGUCUGUAGGACACAACUACUGUCUUGCCCGUUGUCCUUAAAUCACUAUCCAUUUUUGGACAAAAUAAUAGAUUGAUAUGCCAAGAGAUCAGCAUGCUCCAGAAUUUAUUUCAUGCUGUGUUUCAUUUUGGAGUUUAAAAUUAAUCUUAAAGGCUUAUGUAUAAAUGGGUUGAGACUAAAGCUGGGAUUCUGCUACUUUUUAAAAUGGGUGUGUGCUUGUGUGGAGAAAGAAAGGACUUUUUAAGCACUGUAUUUUUAUACUUCUUUAAGAUGCAGAAAACAAAUGCAAUUAAUUCAGGAAACAAUAUAUUUUUUUCUCUAAGUAAACCAGCAAAAUCUUAUAAUGAUGUGAGAGGGGGCUGGGCCACAAGUGUAUCAUUGGCACAGUAUAAAAAUGGGCACCAUGUUGCAUAAUAUGCUUUUGGUGGUUUUAACACUUUCAUCUGGAGGGUUAGUCUGUCAAUUAAAAAAUGAGCCUAAUGCUUCUCCAGCCAAGCCUUGAUAAGUCAACAGAACUUUUCCAGUGAGUGACAGUAGUUGCUGUUGCUGAAGAAUUUAGGGGGGCAAGAGGGAUGGAUAGUGUAUUCAAACUAGAUUGAGAGCUUGUGAUGCUACCAAUUCUAAAAAACAACAUGAAGUUAUUCUAUAUAUUUUGCUUAACAUAUUUUUUUCCUGGAUAUAAUAUGUAAGAAGCUGUAGGAAACCAAGAAUUGGUUAUACAGUGGUGCCCCGCAUAGUGACGUUAAUCCGUUCCAGGAUUAACGUCGCUAUCCAGAAACAUCGCUA